AUGUAUGAUUUAUAGCCAAUACGUUCUUUUCUUACAUUUAGAACAGUCAUAAGCUUAGCCUAUAAACAUGAAAAUCACUCGACUAGAGCUUAAGUAGCAAAAUAUUAGUCAAAAUUUUUACAAAAAGCUCCACAAGGAUCAGCUUAUACUAAAUUUGAGUUUAUUAAGAAUGCUAAAAUAGUAGUAAAACACUUUUAUUCUAGAUCUUUAAAAAUUGUGAACAAUUAUCUAAUCAUGAGUAUUUUAUUGAUUUUGAAGAAAAUUAUUUAGUUAAAUGUUAUAAAAUUAAUUUUUCUGAUAUCUUGUCAAUAUGUUAAGGAUAAAGCAAUAAUAAUUUAUGUCUUUUAGGUAAAGAAAUAAACUUUGAAAAAAUUUUUUAUUUGUGA